UCUGGAGAGCAACGCCCUUGCUGAUGUGGUUAUUGCUCAUUACGGAGAAGCCAGUCGUCUUUGGAGGGUGAGAAGGAAAACUACAGCUCCCAGCAGCCUGCCUGGGCACCGGGAAGGGCAGAGUUCACUGUCACGUUGACAGCGGAGGGUUAAGGGUGCGGGGCCGGGGAGCGGGCUGCCCUGCCAGCCGCAGGGCCCCGGGGCCUCCAGCCACCUCCUAGAGCCCCCUGCUCCGCUUCGCCGCCCGGACCGGCUCCAAACGCGCCCGGUUCCUGAGGCCCCAGAAGGGAUGGCACCUGCGCGCAGGGUAGGACUCGCUCCGUCACACCAGCAGCGAGGAGACCGGUCUCCUUAUGACCAAAUUAGAAAGUGAAACAAAACAGUGCAGAGCCCACGACUCCGCAGGAAGAUGGAAGAGAAUUCAAGUGUGGACCUCUGCGGAGCUGGACCAGCCCAGGAUGAGGUGGAGAGCAUUGCAGAGCAUCCUGCCUACCAAGAGACCCCUCCAGAAACACAUGGGCACCAAGUGACAGGCAGCUGGCCUGACACCUCCUGCAAACCAGAGGAGAAAGAUCCUUUGGUGGGUGAAUCACCAACUGCUGACAGCAACGAGGUGACAGACUCAAGGCUGGCUGGCUCUACAGUGGAGAAGGGCCUCCAGGAAAUUCAAGUGUCAUUGGAAGAAUCUGGGGAGACAGGAGAUGGUAUCUCAGAAAGAUCCCAGGCAAAAGAUGACAUGGACGGAGCCAGGCUAGCCCAAGAGAAAACAGACAACAAAGGAGAGAGCCCUGUCCACCAGGAAACAUGCAGGCACGAGGAGACAAGCGGGCUACAUGAAAGCUCCCACAGACCAGAGGAAGAUGAUUUAUCAAUAGACAAGUCACUGAUCUCUGACAGUAAAAGGAGGCAUUCAGGUCUGACUGCCACAGAAGGUGUCACCGGCAGCCUCUUGGCAGCGGAGAACACCAGUGCCUCCCUCCUGCACAAGGAGCCAGCAGAGCAUACAGAGCCAGAAAUUCCAGAGAGUGAAUCCCAUGGCAUGCUAAGGAGGAGACAUGGGACUGAAGGACACACAGCCCAAAAGCCAGAGGCUCAGUCGCACCUGCAGAAUGUCACCACCCAAAACACAAAGCCGGAGAAGACUAAAAAGCUCUUCUUGCUGACAGGUGAGGAACAGAAGCUUCCCUUGCGAGUUACUCAUCGACCAGAAGGCACUGACCCUCCAGGAACAAGGCUUAUAAUCUUCGUACUGUUCAUCAUCAUGCUCUGCUUUAGCAUCCUGGCCUCCAAGUCCCAGCAAGCCCCCGUGAACCCCACAGUGGAGGCUUUCCUGUUCCAGUUCAACCAGCUGCAGGACAGGUUUCCAGGGCAGAGCCCCCAGCUAUGGCUUCGGGGACGCAAGUUCCUGCAGAAGCACCUCAAUGCGUCUCACCACACAGAACCAGCCAUCGUUAUCUUCACGGCUGCCCGUGAGGGCAAACGGACCUUGCGGUGCCUUACCGCCUACGUGGCUGACUCCUACGCAGCCGCCUUGCAUGCCAGCACAGUCCAGAUUGACGGCACGGAUAAAUCCAGGCUCCAGAGUGAUCAGGCAAAGCUGGAGAUGGACAGGGAGCUUAGCUCCGCUUUCCAGGCUGGAGGCCGUGCUGCAGUGAUACACCACUUUGAGUUGCUGCCGGCAGGGGCCACCCUCAUCUUUUACAAAUAUUGUGACCAUGAAAGUGCUGCUUUCAAGGAUGUGGCCCUGCUGCUGACUGUGCUGCUGGACGAGGAGAUGCUGGAGACCCACAUCAGCCUCUCGCAGGUGGAGGAAAGAGUCCGUGACUUCCUCUGGGCCAAGUUCACUGACACCAGUACUCCCAGCUCCUACAACCGCAUGGACUCUGACAAGCUGAGUGGGUUGUGGAGCCGCAUCUCCCACCUGGUCCUCCCAAUCCAUCCGGUGCAGGCCAUCGAGAAGGGAGGCUGUCACCUGCACACCAAACCCUAGAGGCAAGGGCUGCCAUAGCCCCUGUGAAGGGCUGGAAAGCCAGUCCUGGCCACCUGAGGCAGGCAGAGGCACAAACAAGCACAGCACUCGCUUGAUAAUGAGUGCUAUUUCUCUACCUUCUUUGACAGAUACAAGUGAAUCCAACCCUUUUGGCCAGCUGCAUCUUGAAGGUAAUAAAUUGCAUGCUUCCUUCCAAGGGACAGGAAGAGCUGACAUUUUAAACUGCUAAUGUCACAUGAGAACAUUAUUGCCACUGUGGGGCUGGAGGAGGAAGGUAGGAGAACAAUUCUUUGCAGGUAGCAUUUCUCUCAGAAAACACUGUCCUUGUAGCAGUAUGGAUAACAUAACUAUUACACCAGAAAGAUAUUUCAGCUCAGGAGCUUUUUCAUUUCUCCCUUCCUCUGUUUGCUAACAUCCAAGCACACCAGUGUCACAGUUUCCUUUACCUAGAGCGUUUUUCUCUCUUUGACUCAAAAGACCCCCUGCGACAAGGGAGGUUGAACUCCCUAAACCCCACGCUUUGAAGUCAUGCUUCAAAAAGAAAAUUAGGACUGGCUAGCACAAUCGUAGCUUGUGCUAGUUCAGUGUAUGGCCAAUCAGUCCUGAUAGAGCUCCACUUGCACAAACUGAUUUACACCAAGCGAAGACCUGAUCCUAAACAUAGCGUGUUCAAACAAACCUGCAAUUCAAAAAUCCUCACACAUCAAUUAAAAAUUAUUUCAGGUUGUCAGCACUUAACUGCUUCACUAAACAGGGGAAUCCUGCAGGGUCACCCUUACAUCAGAGAACAUUUGAAAUCUGAAAACCAAGAAAACCCCCAGCAGCAGUUAAGCAAAAGCCACCUCAUUAAUGCUCUGAUGGUGUGAAGCAUCAAGGGAUUGCACAGGUAAAGGAAUGAGUAAUACCGUUUAACUUAAUGCUGCCUCUUAAAGAAAAAAAAAAAACCAAAACACUCUUGAUCCUUUUUUCCACCACAAGGUUACAACAUCUCUUGGGGCUGAUGCAUCAGGUUUGGCCCUACGCGAUAGGUUCCCCUUCAGCCAGAACUCUCAUCUGUGCGUAGGGCAGAAGCUGUGAGAAUCAUUUCUACACUUCUGUGCUGCGCGCAGAGAGCCUGGUAGUGUCCUCAGGAUCAAGGCAGGGACGCGCAGACAAAACACUGCUGGCUGCCCCGCCAGGGCUUUUCCAGGCUGUCUCCAUCCAUGCUACACGUAGCCCAGGAACCGUGAGACUUUGCAGCCUGGCGUUCUCCCAGCUUUCUUCCUCUGUUUCUACCUGCCCCUCCUCAGCUAACUCUUACUGAUGAAUGUAGACAUUAACACAAAUAUUUAUGUCAAACCCCAUAGAGAGCAGCACACCAGGUCAUUGCUCACCAGGGAUGUGUUUGCCUUCCUGCUAGCCAGCUGAUGGCCCGGUCUGGUCUAAGAGUGACAAGGAAUAGAGCUGAUAACAGCUGGAAAAGAUGAAACCUCAUGCACUAACACUAUAAACCCUCAGCUAAAGAGGUUGGUUCCUUACCAUGCCUCCUUUUCUGCACACCAUGAAGAGAAAUCUAAGUCCUAUAAACACUGUAUUGCUCUUGCACACUGAAUUUCUGUAAAAGCUCUAGGGUAGAGCUGCUAACUCAGGGAAAACCUGGGGUAAGUGCAGGUUAAAGCAUUUAAUAACACAACAGUCAGCCCCUGGUGCCUACAGUCACACCUGCUAGAGGAGGAGCAGCUGUAGCAAAGCGGGGCUUAAUUCCAUACAAAAAGCAUAGGCUAAGGCCUCUCAAAGGCAGAGCCUAUAGCUGAACAAGACACUAAUCAAGAGCACUCAAGUGUGUUUAAAAGCUGUAUUUUAGUGCUCCUUAGAGCAUCUCAGCCCCUGCAUUGGCUGGGUCUCCUACCAAUGGUGCCUUGCAGAUCUGUCCUGACUGAUGGCUCAGCUGAGGCACAGUCAUUCACCCCAAAGCCUAAAAUCACAACCUGCCCCUUCUUCCCUCCUGCCAUGUGCCUUGUCCUAUCUCAGGACACAAUGGACUUGGAGAAGGGGAUGAAAUGAAGGAAGAGUGGGUUAUUAGUUCAAAUUUUGACCAAAGAACAGACAUUUUGUUUCUUUACAAUGUCAGUCAUAUGAAGACAAAACCAAGGACAGUUACCGAUAUUUUCCACAGCUGGCAGGAUUUUAACCACUACCCUGAUCUGACUGAGCAGCUGCGAUUGCUGCUCAGUUUAUGUCUCAUUGCAGAUAGGAAGUUGAGCUAUUGCUGCAGAAUGAAGCACUAGUGUGAAGUGGUUCAUACAGGUUAUAACUAAAGCAAACACUGGGCUAGACAAGGAAACUGCCUGCUGGAGUCCAGCAUCACAAGGGCCAAGACAUGCUUUUGUACAAGAUAUGAGCAAGAACAAACUUGGUUGCUUCAUCCCCUUCCUCCUUUUCAUUGCUCUGUGCUAUUUUGGAAAACACCUUUUCUGCUCUGCACAGUUCAGUGUUAGCAGUGAUGUAAAAACUGGCAAGGCAUUAAUCAUGUUAUGUCAACAUCUUUAAGGAAAUGAGUAUUUAAAAGCUAUCUCACAAUUUUAUGUAUGUACUGUGUUUGCAAUGCAUAGUCAAGGUAUGCAACUGCAACUUCAUGCUGCUUGGGCACAUCCCUGUAAGCUUCAUCCACCACAACUGUUCCAAUAUGGAGAUACUUUUAUGAUCUUUUAAAGGCAAAAGAAAAAUGCUUGCUUCUGAAACAAGACUUCUAAUCAAAAUAAAUAAUGAGAUCAUGAAAAAAAAAACAGCAAAGCCUUCAAA